UUCCAUAACCUUUCCCCAUAUCUCCCCUAUCCAUUGACUCCACGCCACCCCCAUGGCUGUGCUUCCCCUCAACGACUCUUCUAGCUUCGACGAUGAUGGACACCCAAAACGAACCGGUACGCUUUGGACGGCAAGUGCUCACAUAAUCACUACGGUUAUUGGUUCGGGUGUGUUAUCGUUAGCAUGGGCGAUUGCUCAGCUAGGGUGGAUUGUCGGUCCCUCCGUCAUGUUGUUGUUCGCCUUCAUCGGUCACUACACCUCAUGCUUGCUUGCCGACUGCUAUCGCUCCGGUGAUCCUCUUACUGGAAAGAGAAACCCUACUUACAUGCAUGCCGUUCGCUCCCUCCUUGGUGAAGCUCAUAUGGUGGCAUGUGGAGUAAUGCAGAACAUAAACUUGAUGGGAAUAACAAUUGGAUAUCAGAUUGCGUCCUCAAUCAGUAUGAUGGCAAUUAAAAGGUCAAAUUGCUUUCAUAGUAGUGGUGGAAAAAAUCCAUGUCAUAUUUCAAGCAACCCAUUCAUGAUGUCUUUUGGAGUUGUGGAAAUAAUUCUAUCUCAAAUUCCAAAUUUUGAUCAGAUUUGGUGGCUCUCUACACUCGCUGCUAUCAUGUCUUUUACUUAUUCUUUCAUUGGCCUUUCCCUUGGAAUAGCCAAAGUGGCAGAAAGUGGGAGAUUUAAAGGAACAAUUAGUGGAGUAAGUGUGGGAUCGAUAAGUAAAACCGAAAAGAAAUUGAGAAGUUUUCAAGCACUUGGAGAUAUUGCUUUUGCUUAUUCUUUUGCAAUUGUCCUUAUUGAAAUUCAGGAUACAAUAAAGUGUCCACCAUCAGAAGCGAAGACAAUGAAGAAAGCAACAAGGUUUAGCAUUAUAUUGACCACCUUAUUCUACAUACUAUGCGGGUGCAGUGGUUAUGCAGCUUUCGGCAACAAUGCCCCAGGAAAUCUCUUAACUGGCUUUGGCUUCUACAAUCCCUUUUGGCUCAUCGACAUUGCCAAUGUCGCCAUCGUUGUUCACCUUGUGGGCGCCUACCAAGUCCUUAGCCAGCCCAUCUUUGCCUUUGUGGAAAAGAAGGCUGCCCAAGCAUGGCCCGAGUCACCCUUCAUCACUAAAGAAUACAAGCUCUCCAUCUCCUCUUCUCACUCCUACAACAUCAACCUCUUUCGACUCAUUUGGAGGUCCCUUUUCGUCUGCUUCACCACCACCAUUGCUAUGUUAAUCCCUUUCUUCAACGACAUCGUUGGAAUUAUCGGGGCUCUCCAAUUCUGGCCCUUGACAGUUUAUUUUCCUAUUCAGAUGUAUAUUGUCCAGAAAAAGAUAAGACAAUGGAGUGUCAAGUGGAUUUGUGUUCAAACUAUGAGCAUGGGAUGCCUUUUGGUGUCUCUUGCUGCUGCUGUUGGCUCCAUUAGCGGUGUCAUGCUUGAUCUCAAGGUUUAUAAGCCUUUCAAGACAAUGUAUUGAUAUUUAAAACAUUAUGGUGUGUACUAUAGCAAAGGAAUUGACGAUUAUAGUAUGUCUACUGGUUGUUUUAUGUAUUUGUAUUGAGUAUCAUCUCUAAUAAGUCAAAUGUUGCAUAAAAAGGAGUUUUACGUUUUUAUUAAAAAGUAUCAAAAUUUUGAGCUAA